AUGGCUAAACCACGUAAAUCUAUGAUGAAACGCCCAAUUCCCGAAGGGGAAUCAUCGGACACAAGUAUGGAAUCAAAACCCCAGAAGACGUCGUUGAACUCCUUGAUGAUCAGUCGGUUAGAGGAAAAAGAAGAACUACAACACUUGAAUGAUCGUCUUGCCAAUUAUAUUGAAUACUUGCAUAAAAGCAUUUUCGGAAAAGAAUUACGUUCUCAUGUCGACCUACUGACAGAAUCUUUAAAAGAUAAAUUAAAUGAUUAUACCAAAGGUUUUGCCAAUGAAGUUGAAUUAUUACGUCAAAAUUUGAAUAGAACAGCAUGGGAUUUAGCUAAUUCAAAGAGUCAGUUAAACAAAGCUACUUCGGAGUUGGAAGAAACCGUUAAACAGCUAAAACAUUCAAAGUCUAAAGAGAAUGAAUUAACUAAUGAAGUGAUUUCGUUAACUAAUCAACUGUCUCAGCUGCAAUCGCAAUUAGCUGAUUGUAUUCAUUGUAAAACAGAUUAUGAUUCUCUGAUAAAGCAACACAAAAUACUGAAGACUCAAUUAGAAAAUGAAACUCUCCUGCAUACAGAUACAAAGAAUCAACUGAUUACUGCUUUAGAACAGUUAGAGUUUAAAGAUCAAUUGUUAGAUAAAGAACGUAAUAUCUGGAAUAGUGAAUCGAUUCAAUUGCAUUUGACAUCAGUAAUUAAAGGCGCUGAAGCGAAUUAUAAUGACAGAUUACAGGAAUUAUUAUAUGAGUUACGUUCACAAAUGGAGGCACAAUAUGAUGAUGCGAAAAAGAAAAUAGAAGAAGGCUUGAAGGCUAAUUUAGAUGCAGAAAAAUUACGAACAUCUAGUCUAGAGAAAGAUCUCAUAAAUAAACUCAAUGAAUGUCAACGAUUAUCACUCUUAGUCUCGUCUCAUACAACUGAGUUGUCCGGUUGUCGUAAUGAAUUGGAAGCUGCACGUAAAGAAAUACAAAAUCUUGAAUGGAAAUUACGAGUUAGUGAGGAUAAAUUGAACGGAGUCGCCAGUCAUCAUCGUUCUGAAAUCGAACGUCUUCUAGGCCUAUUGGCUGAUAAAUCGACUGAAUGUGCUGAGUUGGCUGGGAUUAAAAUACAGUUAGAUGCAGAAAUUGCAAUGUACAGAAAGUUGUUAGAAUCUGAAGAGUCUCGCCUUCAUAUAUCUCCGGACGUAAAGAUGACAGGUGUACCAAUCGUUCGUACAUCUAUUAGUAGUAGUACUACCAAACGGUCACGUGACAAGCGUACAUCCUCAGUAUUAGUUGACCAGCAACCGUCACCACCAAUAGUUAAAAAGCUGCAUGAUGUUGACUUAGAUGUUGUUGUUGAUUUGAGUAAAUCUGACCUAACUCCAAGCCGACAUCAACGUCUAACGUCUACUCCUCUAUUCCGCGUUCCAUAUUCACCGCAUGCUGCCACUGCUGAUGGUGAUGAUGAUCUGUCUAUCACACAGGAGACUUUACACUCAAAGCAUACUUCACACUUGAAAACAAAAACUGUCAUCUGGCCGACAGAGAGUAAGCUCAAGUUGGAUAAAACUGGUUUAUCCACAUCUUCAUCAAGUUUAAUUGGGAAUUCUGUACGCAUAACAUGUCAUUCUGAUGGUCCAAUACACUUUGCUAGUGCUGAUCCUGGAGACGGUUUAUUACGUGUUUAUAAUGCCAGUGAAAAGGUCAUUAACUUAAGUAAUUGGCGUUUGUAUGCUGGUCCUACACGCGAUGGUUCUUCAGAUUUUGCACAACUCUAUACCUUUCCAGAUUGUCAGAUUUUACAACCACAUGCAGAAUUACAAGUAUUUUUGUGCUGGGCAGCAGAACCAUCACAGGUAUCUUCUGCGAAACGUGCUUGUCGUGAUGUUGCUGCAACUUUGCAUCUAAUUACGCCUAUAUCCGUUUGGAAUCAGUAUAACAGUGUAAUUGCUCUACAAGAUUCGCUUGGUUCUGUCCGAGCUACUUGUGAAAUGCAGCCGUGUGGUGAAAAGUUUUCGAAGAAGACAACAGCAGUUUCUGAUAGUUUAAAGGAUGAUUCAUCUGUUGAUGUGUCAGAUAAUGAAUCAUCUUCAAGUGAUUAUCAUGACUCGUUAACUGUACAGCCUGAACAUCAUCAAGGUGAAUCAGUUAAGAGAGUGACAACUUCAGAGACAAAGAGAAUUUUAUCAUCAGCACGCAGUAGUAGUAGUAGUAGCAAAGGUGCUCAUUUCGAUUUACCUCAACGUGUCAGCAUGGUUCAUUUUCGUAAUAAUAUUUGGUCAAAUGAAUCGCAUUCGUCGACAAACAGGCGCAAUUCAUUUACAUGUGAAUUACUGUGA